UAUCCCCCCCUUUUCCACCCUUCUCCAGGCACCCGCAUCAUCUACGACCGCAAAUUCCUGCUGGACCGGCGCAACUCCCCCAUGGCCCAGACCCCACCUUGUCACCUCCCCAACAUUCCCGGUGUCACCAGCCCCGGUUCCCCCGGUGAGGAACCCAAAGCAGAUGCCAACAACCUGAACCACCAAGAAGGGAAGCCGUCCAUGGGGGAUGAUGCUCAAUUUGAGAUGGAUAUCUGAGCGGGAACCACGGAGAGGCGGCAACUCCCCAGACCUGCGCACACCCCGUUCGGCUUAGCAGGAUCCGUCCCGGCGAGGCAGAGGUGGCAGCAGUCCCCCGCCGGUGUCCCCCCCUCUCCCCCUCACCUUUUCCUCCUUCCCCCCCUCUUCUUUUU